AUGUCCACCAUUUCUUCUUCCGCUUCCUCCUCUUCGCACGAUAAACCUGCGCCAACUCCAGCAUUUACAGAUACAUAUAGUUCGAAUCUAAGUGAUGAAAAAAAAGAAGAAAAAUAUGUACAUGAGGUUUAUGAAGCUAUUGCACCACACUUUAGCCAAACUAGAUAUAAGCCAUGGCCUGUAGUUGAGAAUUUUUUAAAAGAAUUGGAGAUGGGUAGUAUGGGAGCUGAUAUAGGUUGUGGAAACGGUAAAUAUUUUGGUGUGAAUAAAAAUACUUUUAUGAUUGGGACAGAUAGAAGUUCUAAAUUAAUUGAGAUAUGUAAAUCAAGAGGAUUUGAAUGUUUAAUAGAUGAUGCAUUAAAUUUACCAUUUAGAAAUGGAUGCUUUAUAUUAAUAUAUGUAUGGGCAUUGGAACAACAAUCAACACCAAAGAAAAAUCCUAAUUGUGCUGAAGCUAGUAGUGAUGGUGGAGAACCAAGAAGAAUUUUUAAUCAAAAUUAUCAAGAUGUUUUUGUACCAUGGGUGAUUCCAAAAGAUAAAAAUUAUGAAGAUAGAAAACAGAAUGUGGUUUUUAAAAGAUGUUGUCAUUUAUUUAAAAAAGGUGAAUUGGACAAGCCAGUGAUAAAUACAAAUUUGGCAAAAAUACUGAAGUCAGGUUAUGAUAAAGAUAAUUGGUAUGUUAUUGCUGAAAAAAUAUAA